AUGGAAUUAGAUAACUUAGAAGAUGUAUUGGUUUUAAAAGACUAUAAAACAGUGCCUGAUAUAGUUCAUGAAUACGGACCUACAAUAAAAUUUGGACAUAUUCCAUUAGUUAUUGAUAAUGGUUCUUAUCAAUGCAGGGUAGGUUGGUCAAUACAUGAUGAGCCAUAUUUAACAUUCAAGAACCUAAUAGCUAGACCUAGAAAAGAUCGAUGUAAAAAAGAUGCGGAACCGCCAGUUACUCCACCUAUUCAGAUAGGAAAUGAUAUAAUAAAUAUUGAAGCUGUCAGGUUUCAAUUAAAGACCCAAUUUGAUAAAAAUGUAGUUACCCAUUUCGAGGUUCAGGAGCAAGUAUGUGAUUAUAUAUUUUCCCACUUGGGAAUUGACAAUGAGGGAAGUGUUCCACAUCCCAUUGUUAUGACUGAAGCCUUUGUUACACCCAAUUAUAGCAGACAAUUAAUGUCAGAGCUACUUUUUGAGGGUUAUCGUGUUCCUGCAGUAAGCUAUGGAGUGGACUCACUUUUCAGUUUGUAUAAGAAUAACAUUGGAGACACUGCUCUUAUAAUUAAUUGUGGAUAUCACACUAUACAUAUAGUACCUGUAAUUAGAGGAAAAGUUAUUUCUGAACAUGCAAGAAGAAUUAAUUUGGGUGGCAGUGAAAUAAUAAGUUAUAUGCAUAAGCUACUGCAGUUAAAAUAUCCUGUACAUGUUAAUGCAAUAACAAUGUCAAGAAUAGAGGAGAUUUUACAUGAACACAGUUCUAUAGCCUUAGACUACCAAGAAGAGAUCAGGAAAUGGGCUAAUCCAGAUUAUUAUGAAGCUAAUGUGAAGAGAGUUCAAUUACCAUUUGUGCAACCAUCCAGUUCUUCUGGUUUAACAGCUGAGCAACAAAAAGAAAGAAAGAAGGAAAUGGCUCGGAGACUUUUAGAAAUAAAUGCAAGGAAGAGGGAAGAGAGACUCGCAGAAGAUGAAGAACAACUAAAUCAGUUGUUAGCUCUCCAGGAAUUGAUAGAAGAUGGCGACACUGAAGAAUUUAAUGAGGCAAUCAAGGGAUUUGAAAUCAAGAACUAUGGCGAUCUACAGAGACAAAUAGCAAAUCUAAACAUGAAAAUAGAGAAGAAUAAGCAAAGAAUAGCAGCGGCCGCCAACGCGGAUGAGCCCGCGGAGCCGCGCCCUGCCGGCCGCUUCCAUCCGCCCGCCGACCCCGACGCCUUCCUGGUGUGGCUCAACGAGACCCGCGCUAAGCACCGGGAGGUGGUGGCGCGGCGCGAGGCGCGGCGCGCGCGGCGCGCGGCGAUGGCGCGGCGGCGCACGGCGGCCGCGGCCGAACGCAUGCGCGCCAUCUCGCGCCUCGCCGCCGCCGGGGAUGACUUCGGCUACCGAGACUCCGACUGGGAUGUUUAUAAGAGUAUCAGCCGCGAGGCGGACUCGGACUCGGAGGCGGACGGCGAGCGGCUGGUGGAGCUGGAGGAGGCGCUGCGCGAGCACGAGCCGCCGCAGCCCUGCCACCAGCACCACCAGCUGCACCUCGCCAUAGAACCAUACCGGGCUCCGGAAUUAAUGUUCCAACCCUCUAUGAUGGGUAACCUGGAAGCUGGUUUGGCCGAAACUAUGGAAUAUGUGUUUAAGCAUUUCAGUGAUGAAGAUCAGUUACUUCUAGCUAAUAAUGUAUUUAUUACCGGUGGUUGCUCUCAGUUUCCAGGUUUAAAAGAAAGAUUAGAAAGGGAAUUAUUAGAAAUGCGUCCAUUCCAAUCGACUCAUAAGGUAGUUAUGGCGAAAAACCCAUCUCUAGACGCGUGGUACGGAGCUAGAGACUUCGCUGGUAGCAACGAUUUUGAAAAGUGGUGUAUUUCAAAGGAAGAAUACUACGAAAUGGGUGGAGAAUAUUUAAAAGAACAUCACGCCAGUAACAAGUAUUACAAAAGUCCUGCGCCGAUCAUAGACAACACGAUGGCUCCGGCCGGCGACGCUAAUGUCGUCAAAGAAGAAAUUGUGGUCGACUGC